UGGACUUUGGCAUCAUAACCAUCAAAGCCUAACUAAGCCUUAAAGUUCUUUAAACCGUUUGCUUGGUUCUAAAGAGUAAAAAAGAGCUAAAUCAUUUCGAAGCCGUUUCAAUUAUUCGGUUCUGUUGCUUACUUCUGCUGUGCAAAGGGAUUAAUACAGUCUGCAGAGUCUCUCUCUCUCUCUCUCUCUGACUUACUCUUCUUCAAGUUUUACUUUUGGGGGGAAAAUGAAGGUUAGGUGAAAGAGUAACGAAUAGAACCAUAAGGUUCUUCACAGAUUCCACCUUCCUCAUUAAAGAAAAAGCAAUAAAAAAAAAACUACAGCUCUCUUAUCUUUGCUUCAAGAAGAAGCGUUCUUCUCUGGUCUUUUUUCUUAUAUUUUGCUUGUUGAGUGUUUCUCUUCUCAGCUCAGUGACAAUUUUUGGUUCCUGUGUUUCUGUUUGAGAGUUUUGGUGUGGUAACAAAAUGGCCGAGUCAACGACGACGAUAGAAGUAAAGCUAGUUCGUUGUCCAAAGUGCAAGAACCUCUUACCAGAGCCUAGAGAUUGCUCUUUUUUCCAGUGCGGUGGUUGUGGAACCGUUCUUUGCGCCAAAAACAAGAACCAUGAAACAGAUCCAGUGCCGGACAAGUCAGUGAAAAACAGAGCCAAAGAAACUGAAGUUAACUCUGUUUCAAGUGAAGAAGAAUCUGACUCAUCAAAACUGACUGUUGUCAGCGGUUCUCAAUCUGGUUUGGACCGGUCUAGGAAAACCGGGGGAUUCAGAUUCUCAGCUUCCAACUACUUUUCAGAUUCUAUCUCCAGCGAUGAAGCAAUCCAGCAAGACAGAGCUGAGCUGGUGAGAAAACUGGAUAAGCUAAAAGAACAUCAUCAUCAUCAUCUGCUUCAUCAACCUAAUGAGCAACAUCAUAUCCCGAGCUCGUCUUCAAGAUUCAAAAAGGCUCCUCCAUUGCGGUUUCCAAGCUCUGGUAAACACGUCGCAGGGCCUUAUCACCAUCAAAACCAGCACCAAUCUCAUCACCACUACUCUAGACAGCAUAACGGUCAUGAUUUGUUUAAUACACACCCUGGUAAUGGCAUGAUGCAUCUUCACCAGUCAACUUGCUCUUGCUUCCACUGCUAUGAUCCAUAUCACAGAGCUUCAGGCUCAGUUUAUCCUCCCUCAGGGCUACCUGAUGCUCUUCAUUUCUACCCUUAUGAGAGAAGUAGUAGUAGUACUGCGUUUCCUUCUCCACUGCAUAGUCCUAGAUCCUUUAUACCUCCUCAUGCUCCUCCUCAUGCUCCUCCUCCUGCUUCUCAGUCCCGUGCUCUAGAUGCGUUGAAGAAUGCUAUCUCUCGUGUUCGCCUCUCUAAAGCUGUAUCAUCUUCAGGUGGUUCUCGUUUAAUCCACCCUGUGGCUGGUGGUGCACCGUUUAUAAACUGUAGAAAGUGCUCCAAGAUUCUGAAACUCCCAGACAAGACUACGAGAAGGCCACAGAGGCUGCGCUGCGGAGCGUGCUCUUGUUUGAUAGAUUUUUCCUUUGCUGAUAACAAACUCAUCCUCUCAACUGAUCAUGCCUCAGCAAGAGAAGAAGAAGAGGAAGCUCAUAGUAGGCUGCAUUGGGUAACAACUGCUCUUGACGUCUCUUCUGAUGCAAUGGAUAGGGAAGCAGACUAUGUAUCAACCGGUCCUGCUUCCAUCUCCGAUAAAGCUCAUGAUUAUUCUACCGAACAUAGCUUGUCUGAAGACGAGCUAUGUUCAGACAGUUCAACAAAAGGUAGGAAACUCAUUCCAGAUUUUGACUACUCUUCCAUCAAUGCAAGGGACCGGUCAGGGGCAAGGAGCCAAAGCUCUCGUUCAGAACAGAACAGGGUGUCACUGGGGAAGACAGUCAUGAGACAGAACUCUAUGAAAGAAGAAGCUUCGGUUCUAAUUGAAAUGGACGUUAAUGACUACUCUCGCAACAACGGAGUGUCUGUGUCUCAAGACUCUGAAGAUGACUGUAGAGAAGAAAUCAGGAAGGGUGGAUUUGGGAGUAUGGUGAAAAAGAGCUUCAAGGAUCUAAAGAAAUCGAUGCAGAACGAUGUAGUGGGAGGAAGCGAUGUUAUGGUGAAUGGGCAUCUUGUAGCUGAACGUCUGGUGAAAAUGGCAGAGAAGCAAGCUGGACCAAUCCGGCCAGGAAACUACUGGUAUGACUACAGAGCUGGAUUCUGGGGGAUAAUGGGAGGUCAAUGUCUUGGAAUAUUACCUCCUUUCAUUGAAGAGCUCAACUACCCAAUGCCACAGAAGUGCGCAGGAGGAACCACGGGAGUGUUUGUGAACGGAAGAGAGCUUCACCAGAAAGAUCUGCGCUUGCUCAUUGCAAGAGGUCUCCCAAGGGAAAGGGAUAGAUCCUACACUGUUUACAUCACAGGUAGAGUCAUAGACGAAGAUACAGGUGAAGAGCUAAAUAGUCUUGGCAAACUCGCCCCAACGGUUGAUAAGCUAAAACGUGGGUUCGGGAUGAGAGUUCCGAGAAGAUAUGCAUGAAGACGAGCGAGCCACACAACUAACUAUGUUGUUGUUGUUGUUAGUUCACAGAGCAUCCGUGUUAGAUUUAUCCUAGCAGUCUUAAGUACUUAAACGUUGUUCUUACUCGGAUUGUGAUGAAAUGUAAAGGAGUGAGAAAUGAAUUUGUCAUUA